AUGACACAAGAAGGAGAAGAAGUUAGGUCAACUUCAGAGGAGAUUGAGAAAUCAAGGGAUCUUGAAAUCGAGAAAGAGAUCACGAAAUUAACAUAUUUCACUGAGCAAACAAACGAGUUAUUUGAGGGUAAGGAUUAUAGGGAGAUUGAGAUUGUGACUAAGAGAAUAGAACAAAUUCAUGGAAAGAUUUCAGAUUUGAUACUGCAGUUUGAAGAGCUAAAAAUAGAUGAAGGCAAAUCAGCCAGGGCAGUAAGACAAUGGAAAAAGGAAACAGAAGAGAAAUUCUUAAAGCAGCUUGAUGACAAAGAAAAGCUUAUUGCUGCGUUGAAAGAAAAUGAGAAUCAAAUCAAGGAGAAGGAGAAUAGAGUUAAAGAGAGAGAAUUUCAUUUACAAGAAGAAAGAUUUAUAGCACAACAGAGAUUACAAGCAGAUUUUGAAAGAAAGCUAAGUGAGGAAAAAUAUUUAAGAGAGCAGCAAAUAUGGGAAAAGAGAAUGGAAGCUGAAAUGAAAUUAGCAGAAAGAAAAUUGGAGUUAGAAGCUGGAGCUAAAGCAAAUUAUUCAAAAUUGCCAGAGCUUAGGGUUACACAGUUUAACGGCACUCUGUCAGAUUGGGUGAGAUUUGAAAAUAUGUUUACAACACAAGUAUUAAACAAAGGAUUUGGUGAUGAGAUCAAAUUUGGCUACUUGCUGGAAAUGGUAAAUCCAAAAGUCAGAGAAAAAAUUGCAAAUUUGAAGCCAGGUUCAGAAGGUCUAAAGAUAGCAUGGGACAGAUUAAAGAAAGAAUAUGGACAAACACAAACUGUUAUAAACACACACAUUGAGGAAGUUGUAAAUUUACCAGUUAUAAGAUCACCCAGUUACCAAAAGAUUCAAGAUUUCUAUGAGAAACUGAGCAAAAACUGUGAUGCCCUUUUGACACUAGGAGAGAAAGAGGUUCUUAAGGAAUUUGUGAUGACAACCUUGAAUAAGCUUCAAGCCAUAAAGUCAGAUUUAGUGAGAAUAGACGAGAAGUGGGAAACAUGGGAAAUGCAUGAUCUAAUUGAGAAUAUUCAUGCAUGGCUGAGAAGAAACAAACCAGAUGACAUAGGCAGGGAGACAGAAAAAAGAGAAAGGCACUGGUAUGCUGGAGAUUCAAACAGAGAAAAGAGAAAGCCAAAGUGCAUUUAUUGUGAUGCAGAGCACUGGUCAGACAAGUGUGACAAAUAUGAAACAACAGAGAAAAGAAAACAACAUUUUAGAGAUAACAAGUUGUCCCUUCAACUAUUGGGUCUUUUGGUUUGCCUUUGA